UCUGCAUUCUGCAAUUGCAUCUCAGUUAAGAAUUCCUUAAUACAACACAGCCAUCACGAUGAAAACUACUUGUCAAACGCGAAUGUGAGAUCCCUCCCAAUCCAGUUCGCAACCCCGAUUGCUCGCGUCCGACAGCUUGGAAUAUGGCCGAGCCGACGCCAUCCGCCGCUCCAGGCAAGGCGCAUUCGAGCCCGGCGAUCCCCGUGGGGCUCAACGAGGCCGCCCUCGACUCCCCGACCUUCCGCGCCGUGACGGUGCACUUCGCCGACCAGGUGGACGGCAUCGAGCGAUGGCUCGACGGCUACGUGCGGACGACGUCGAAGCUCGCCGCCGACAUGCUCGCCCUCGAGGAGACUGUCAACACCCACCUCUCCAAGAUGAUGCCGCCGCCCUCGGGCGCCGACGCCGUCGUCGACCCGGAUUACACGCUGUUGGCCCUGCGGCGGGCGGCCGACGGGUCGCGGCAGUGGUGGACGCAGGUCAUGGGGUCGGCGCGGCGGAUGGAGACGGUCAUCUCGGACCCGAUCCGGGCGUUCAUGGCUGGGGAUCUGCGGGGGUUCAAGGAGGCGCGGCGGGCGCUGGAGGCGGCGCAGAAGACGUUCGACACGACGCUGGCCCGCUACGUGGGCCAGUCCAAGACCAAGGAGCCGUCGGCGCUGCGCGAGGACGCCUUCGCCGUCCACGAGACCCGCAAGGCCUACCUCCGUGCCUCGGUCGACUUCUGCCUGCUCGCGCCGCAGCUGCGCUCCGGCCUGGACCGCCUGCUCGUGCGCGUCUGCGCCGACGUCUGCCGCGAGGUGCGCCGCUCGGCCGACGGCGCCGCCGCGUCCUCGGCCCGCUGGGCGGGCGAGAUGGAGCGCGUCCGCGGAUGGUCGAAGGAGAUGGAGGCCUCGGAGCCCGUGUUCAGGCGCGAGCUGCACGUCGCCGGCCGCGACGUCGCAGAGAGCGCCCUGGCAAGCCACAAGCCGUCGCGCGAGCUCGAGGACUACAGCACCUCCACCGUUCCCUUCCUCGGGUCAAAGGGCCCCAUAAGCGUCCAGCGCAAGGGCCAGGGAGGCGCCCUCAUCUCCGAGAAGCAGGGCUGGCUGUUCCUGCGCGUCCUGUCGGGCAAGCCCGUCCGGACGAGCUGGGUGCGACGAUGGUACUACUGCCGCGACGGCAUCUUCGGGUGGCUCGUCCAGGGCCCGGCGGGGGUGCUCCAGGGCGACGAGGUCGGCGUCCUCCUCUGCAGCGUGAAGCCCGCCGUCCAGGAGGAGCGCCGGUUCUGCUUCGAGGUCAAGACAAAGUCCCAGACCUUCAUGCUGCAGGCCGAGACGCAGGCCCAACUUAUGGAGUGGCUCGAGGUCUUCGAGGUCGCGAAGACGAACGCCAUGGACGCGAGCAUGGGUCGGGACAACGCGUCGCUGCCGGGGGGUGUCGAUCCUGCUUUCGCGAUAACCCCUCCGUCCAUACCCGAGUUUUCGGCCAAGUCUCUCGAGACCAUUGCGGAGGACGGCGGGGCCGGCAAUGAGAGAGCGGGAACGCUGCCCGUUCCUGCGGAUGUCGGACUUACGACGCGCACCAGCAUGGACUUCAAUCCUGGCGGGCCCCGUCGGUCGAUAACGAUGCUGGGGCGCGAAGAAGGGGAAACCGGGCGUGAGCACGCUGCUCGCAUCAUGCAGAAGCUCGACCUCCAUCGCAAGGCGACCUUUGCGGACCCGGCGUCGGGGGCCUCCCCGAAUGCGGGCGGCAUUGCGAGUCUCAUCUCUGCCAGUCAUACCCUGAUCCCCAGCAGCUAUCACCCGAUGGCAGUGAAUACAUCCCCGCGCCAGCAGCCCUCGGUCCUUGGACCAAUCCAUGAACGUCAAUCCGGCAACCUGGCUCCCCUUACCCUGGCCAAGCCUCCGGUCUCGACCAACCUCAGCAGACCUGCCGUUGCUGCCAGCGCUGAACGUGGACUCUCUGCCAGCGGGCCGCACGGAGUGUCCUCUGCCGUCACGGCCAACUACUGGGGGAGCAACCCGUGGAGUUCCUCCAUCUAUCCAUAUAGGUCAGAGGCGCGCAAGCCUUCCGUAACUGAACUCAUUCACGCCUCUGGCCAGGCCGGCGAUACCCACACUCCUACAGAGGCCGGACACGAUCCGAGCUCUUCCGCUGGUCUCGGGCAUCGGAGGACCGUCAGUGUGGACACCAAACCAGCUGCCGUGCGGGUUCCUGACAAGGUGGUCGCCGAGGCGUUCCCGCCGAGAUAUCCGCCCGAACUCAGGGUUCAGCACGCGCAAUUUAGACUGCUGUUCCCGACUGUGCCCCAGCACGAGAAACUCGUCCUGGUCUUCAAUGCCGCGUGGUCGAGCACUUCGGAAGAUGCAAAGGAGAACAGAGGGCUUUCCGGGAACGGGCGCAUAUUCGUCACGCCAGAUAACAUGUAUUUCUACGGACACCAGAUGGGGCUCGUCCUUCUUUACGCCAUCAGCUUGGACAUGAUCACCGAGGUCACGGCGGCGCCGGGAAGAAACUGCGACUACAUCUUCCUCCAUCUCAGCCAGGACAUGAACGACACAGGCCUGGCGCGGAUCACCAUCAAGAUAUUCCUCGAGAAUCUCCCACUCCUACACGCGCGACUAAACCUCCUCAUCGACGAUCUCCAGGCAGAAGAGCCGAUGGAGCUUCCCGAGCUUGUGUCCGCCUUGACAAGACUCGAGAGGGAGGACUACGAGAAGAAGAGUCCCAGCGUCGAGAGCUGGGACGAGAUAUCGACCGGCACUCCACUCGAUGACGACACUGCCCCGGGGAGACACGCAUCUCGGAGACUACGCGACCUGGGCUUUGACUACCGUUCCUCGAGGGGCUCUCGGAAACCCGUUUCCAAACUCCAGCUGCCGGCCCACCGUGUCGUGUACGAGCCCGAGGGCAUGGGGCAGAGCGUCGCGGAGAGGCACUUUGAGAUCAGCGCAAAGGCGUGCUUCCACGUCCUGUUCGGGGACAAGAGCUUUAUCUUCCCCAAGCUCUACUUUGAGCGGCGCGCCAAGGAGAUUGCGCAGGGGCCGUGGGAGCUGCAGGAUCACGGCAGGAUGAGGCGGCAGUUCAAGUUCAAGGUCGACUACGUCGACAUGCUGGGGCGGCCAAAGCCGGGCGAGGUGGUCGACCAGCAGACGGUCGACCUCUUCACGGACCACGUCACGUACGUGGUAACGCACGUCAAGACGCCGUGGCACCUGCCGCACUCGCAGGCGUUCAAGCUGGUCACCAAGGUGGUCAUAACUCACGUGGCCAAGUCCAAGUGCAAGCUGGCCAUAUAUACAAAGGUGGACUGGUCUAAGGCGCCGGCCUUCUCCAAGAACAUGGUGCAGCGGCAGGCACUGGACGACGCGGCCAACGAUGCCGAGGAGCUCGCCGAGAUCGCGACGGACCAGGUGCGCAAGCUGGGCCCGCACAGCCGGACCAAGCGGGCGAUCCAGGUGUACGGCAACCUCGGGCAGCAGAAUCAGGUGGUGGUGUUCACGCCCAACGAGGCCGAAUCGGCCAAGAAGCCGCAGAUCAAGCCGCGAACGCUCACGGCGAUGCUCUUCGAGACGGCGCGGUCCUUUAUGGAGAGCGCCAUCUCGUCGGUCAUGAUGUGGGCGUUUGCGGGGGUGAGGAAGCUGUUUGGCAUCUUCACGGCGCACCGUGUCAUCCUGCUGUUGCUCGCUUCCAGCGCCAUGUACAACCUCGUCGUCGUCUCCCAGGGGACCUCGACCUGGUGGACCGAGCGGAAGGCUGCGAGAUACAUGGCCCGGAUCGGCGUCGGGCCGAACGUCAUGAUGAGCAAGGCCAUCUACCUCGCCGACCUGGAGGAGGCGUCGCGGGCGACCUCGGUCGGCCUGUCUGUGCCGCAGGACAGCAGAUGCUACGCAACAUUCCAACACCUCGUCAUCAACGCAACAGACAUGGACGCACCGUACGACGAAGGCUCGGCACCGGAGGCCAGAUCGUCGUCGUCGGUCGCGAGCGAGGCGACGGCGCGGCGGAUCCGGCGGGCGCGGCAGCGGCUCGGGGCGCACAGGCACGACCUCGUUGUGGCGAUGCGCAUCGUCAACGGCGCCGAGAGGGAGCUCGUGCAGUCCGAGUGGGAGAGCUGGCUCGCCGACGAGAACGCGCGGUGCGACGCGGCGCGGGCGGUGUUCCGGCAGGAGGAGCAGCGGGGGCAGAAGGGGCAGCAGGAGGGGGGCGGCGGUGGUGGUGGUGGUGGUGGUGAUGGUGGCGAUGCUCACAGUGAGCGGCAGAGGGAGGAGAUGAGGAGCUGGCAUCGUGAGUAUUGCGGAAGCUGUGGGGAGGAUCAGAGGGGCCAUCACGUUCAGCCCUCCCCGCCAAAACAACCCACCCACAUCUCCCCAAUGGCCCACCACGACCCCUUCAAGUCCCUCGGCCCCAUCGACUGGUCAACAGUAACCGACCAAGAAGCAGCAGGCUCCCUCCCGGCCCUCCGCGCCUCCACCCUAGCCGACGCGCAAACCCUCAUCAACUCCAUCCCCGGCGCCGCCGCCGUCCCUCCUCCGCCUCGCCACACGACCGGCCGCGCCCGCGCGGCCACCGACUCCGCCGUCGACUUCGACAGCAACAGCAACAGCAACAGCGGCGGCGGAGCCGACGCCCUGCUGCGACGCGAGUGGAAGGCCGUCCGCGCCGUCGGCGACAACCCGCACCUGAUAUCCGUGCACCGGCUCGCGGGCCGGGACGGGCGGGGCGCGUGGUUCGCGAGGCGGAGCGUGCAUCCCUGCCGCGCCAGCGGGGGUCUGUUGGGGUUCGGGCGGUGGAGGGAGGGGUUGGAGGGGGAAUUUGAGGAGACGAUGAGGAGGGCGAGGGAGGGGGGUGGGGAGCCGGGCACGGGGAAUGUCAGGGGGAUUGGGGCGGAGAGGAGGGUUGAGGAGAGGGAUUUGGGGGGUGGGGGGGCGCUGAAAGUGUAUCAGCUAUCGGCCAGGUUCCCUGGGCCGACCACGCCGCGGGACUUCGUCACGCUCCUGUUGACGUCGAAUGAUCCGCAAGGCGAUGACGAUGGAAACAACAUGAACCGGCGCCCCAGGCAGUUUAUGGUCAUAUCAAAGCCGUGCAUACACCCGGACUGUCCCCAGCGGCAGGGCUUUGUCCGAGGUCAGUACGAGUCGGUCGAGGUGGUAAGGGAGAUACCGGUGGACAAGCCCCUGAGGCGGGUGCGGUCGUCGAUAGAUCUCGGCUCGGACGCCUUCAGUCGAUCCGACUCCGGCAACCCGGGCAAGGGAGCUCUGCUCCGGUCGGCCAGGCAAACCGCCAGCAACAGCGGCAAUCUGCAAGCCAGACCGGACAACCGGAUGGUCUCCUUCGCGGCGGGGCCGGUAAAGGAGUCUAAGAGCGAGGCCGGCUCGGAUGACGAGGACGAGCCGGAGAUGGCGAUUGAGUGGCUCAUGAUCACACGCAGCGAUCCGGGCGGGAGUGUCCCGCGGUUCAUGGUCGAGAGAGGGACGCCGCCAGGCAUCGUCAACGACGCCGGGCGGCUGCUUGAUUGGCUGUCUCGGAAGCAAUCCGAUACCGCACGUCGCGAAGCCAUAGAGGCGGGCGGGGCGGGCGGGGCGGACGCGGACGAGCCAGAUGAGGCGAAGACAUCAGCUCUGCCCGGGGAGACGAAGAUGAUGACGACAAAUCCGGGACAGGCCCGAGCAGCGGACGAAGCACCCAAUGCAGGCCCCGGCGGUUUCUACGGCAUGAUCACGAGCGCCCUGGAGGCAGCCGGUUCGGCGGUGGGCACCGAGGACGACGACGAAGACGACACGUCAUCGAGCGCCAGCUUCGCCUCCGCCGAGGAGGGCGAGCCGUCGUCCUCCAUCGCGGGCUUCGGGAGUGUCCCGGCGGACGAGGUGGUCUCCUCGUCUCGGUCGGCCCGGUCGGCUGUCUCGGGAGAGUCGCAGGUGCCCUCGGCGGCCUCGACGUCGGCGGCGCAGCGCGACAAGACGCUCCGCAAGCUCGAGGAGCGGCACCGCAAGGCGCGCGAGAAGGCGGCGCGGGAGCACGAGCGGGCGCUGGCGAAGCGCAAGGAGGGCGAGGAGAAGGACGCGCAGGCGGCGGCGCGGCUGCGGGACAAGCACGAGAAGGAGCUCGCGAGGCGGGAGGAGAAGUACAUGCGGGAGGUGCGGAAGCUGGAGGAGAAGCGCGCAAGGGCGGCUGAGAGGGAGGGGAGGGCUGGCCUGCAGGCUGAGCUGGAGAGGACGAGGGCCGAAAGGGAUGUCGCGCUCAAGCAGGUUGAGAUGCUAAGGGAUCAGGUGGGCGAACUGCAGACACAGAACACGCGGCUUGUCGCGCGGAUGGGGAAGAUGGGCGGCAUGGCGGGUGCUGAGGCUUCCUGGGACGAUCUGCGGAAGGCGCCCGGCCAGGAGACGAAGGCACGCUCUCACCAGGAUUAAGAGCCCUGGCAUAUAUCUUCUUAGGUAUUUUAUGUGGCAUCUUGUGUGAGACGGUUGGGUUUCUCGUUAUUAUAUAACAUUGCUAUGCCCUUUAGACGCGAUACAAAGACUACCAGCGAUAAGAAUUCAGACAAUGGAUAUGUUUCAGCGGGAAUGAUUGAUAGUUUGCCCGCGCCCUUUCCGUCACCAUUAGAUGAACGACUCCUCGACUUCGUGGUCGAGCUGGGACGUGCAUAGCACACUCAGAUAAACAAACCCCCUACAUGAUAUCCCGACACUCGGAC